AUGAUAGUAUUGGUGGAGCGCAAUCCCGAAGAGCCUAUCGCAACGUUUGAGCUGCAGACUGUUACGUACGGUUUCGCUUCAGCCCCAUUUUUGGCCACCCGCGCUUUACAACGCCUCGCUGAGGAUGAAGUCAGUCGUUUUCCUGUUGCCGCCCCAGCUUUUAAGAACGACUUCUACGUUGACGAUUGUUUGACUGGUGCCGAAGAUGUCGAAUCCGCUGUUCAACUCCGCCGAGAAGCAUCCGCUCUAGCUGCUUCUGCCGGUUUACCACUCAAGAAAUGGGCAUCCAAUGUUCCUGAAGCGCUUCGUGGUAUUCCUCGAGAAGAUUUAGCCGUAUCCGAAAUCCACAGCCUGCAGGACGAUCAGGCUGUCUCUACGCUCGGACUUGUUUGGGAAACAAGGUCUGACGUACUACGAUUUCGAGUCCAAUUGCCCCUGCCAGCUCCAGUACUCACAAAGCGCAAGAUUAUGUCGUACAUCGCCCAGAUUUUCGAUCCACUUGGUUUGGUUGGACCGAUUAUAACCGUCGCCAAACUGUUCAUGCAGCGUUUGUGGGGACUUCGAACAGAGAACGGAGAAUCUUUCGAGUGGGAUCGCCCACUACCAGCGUCGUACCAGGCCGAUUGGAAGGAGUUCCAUAGCACGCUGGAUACCAUCGCCACGAUCCAAGUUCCUCGAUACGUGUCUUCCGCCAAUGCCACAUCCUUUCAGUUGCAUUUCUUUUCGGACGCGUCGGAGAAGGCCUACGGCAGCUGCUGCUACAUUCGGUCGGAAUGUGAUGGAGUCGUCCGUGUCGUAUUGCUGACAUCGAAGUCGAAGGUCGCCCCGCUGAAGAGCCACCAUAGCAUUGCCCGUUUGGAACUUUGUGGAGCCGUUCUGUCUGUCAGCCUAUCGGAGAAGGUCAACCGUGCUCUCAAGUUGCCUGCCGAAAUGUUCUUCUGGACUGAUUCCUCGACGGUUCUUCAGUGGCUACAAUCACCGCCCAAUCGCUGGAAGACAUUUGUGGCCAACCGAGUGUCUAAGAUCCAGAAUUCGACCGAUGUAGAUUUGUGGAUGCAUGUUCGCGGAGAAUCGAAUCCAGCCGAUGUUCUGUCCCGUGGAAUAAGUCCGCCUGAGCUCGUCAAUCAUCCGCUUUGGUGGACUGGUUCUCCAUGGCUCCAGUUACCGCCUUCGCAGUGGCCACGAACCGAGUUGUCAGCCUGCCAAACCAGUUCGACGAGUGAGAUGAGAGUUCCAGUUGCUGCGCUUCCAGCUGUCGUGAAGGAUGACGAGUUUGCAGAUCGUAUCUUUGGAAUGUACUCCAGUUACCAAAAACUUAGGCGCUCCAUCGCUCACUGCAUGCGAUACUUCCGCUUGUUGAAAGCUGCUGCACGGAAGACGAAAAUGGACCCAUUCCAAGCGCUUACCACCGCCGAUCUGCAUGAAGCAGAUUUGACACUUUGUCGUCUUGCCCAGAAACAGAGUUUUCCUGAGGAGUUAGCCACCCUAGCAUCGACCGGCCGCCUUCCAUCUUCAUCGCAGUUGAAGUACAUUCGCACAAAACUGGAUUCGGAUGGAGUCAUUCGGAUUAGAGGAGUUCUGGCCAAUGCAAUCGUUCCAGAAGCUACGAAGCAUCAAAUUGUUCUGCUCGCGAAACACCCACUUUCAAAACUGUUGGCGAAGUAUUAUCAUGGGAAUUUACUUCACGCCGGCCCACAACUAAUGCUCGCCACGAUCCGUCAAAAAUAUUGGAUCAUUGGUGGACGCAACCUAGUGCGCCGCACAUUCCAUGAAUGCCACACGUGUUUCCGAAGCAGACCGAAGAUGAUCCAGCUGAUGAACGUGGGCAACCCGUUGGAGAACCAAAAAGCUGCAAUCUCUGGGAACAACCAAUGA